AUGACGGUCUUUACGCGAUUGCUGAUAAUACCAGUAAUCCUCACCUCCAUUGUGUUAUCGGUGGAUGCACAAUCUUCAGGUUCCAAAGAAAACUGUGCAAGUAACGAAUUUUGGUACGCGGCAAAGGAGACAUGUCUUCCCUACGGAGGGCCUACAAAUGCCACCAUAACUUCCCCUCCCAAAAAUCGAUCCUGUCCGCCUUCCGGAUUCUAUUGGGCGAAAGGCCUCGGAUGCUGCGUGCCUACUCAGCCCAUAUCAAACACUCCGAACACUCCCCCUCCCCAGUGUGAAGUCGGCUCGCACUGGUAUCCCGCUUUGCAUGUGUGUUUGUCAUUCACACCGGAUCGUACCCGCACGUCAUCUCCAAGUUCCCACCCAUCCGGUGUACCAUCUAGCGUACCAUCAGGUUACCAUCGCUCGGAAACCCGACAUAAAAAACGGCGUAACCUCAGUCUUUGUCCCAAGGGCCUGGACGCAUGUCCCAUUCCUGGGGCGAUAGGGGGCGGGUACGAAUGUCUGAACUUUCUGGAAGAACUCGAAUCAUGUGGCGGAUGCGUUUCUCUGAAUCAAGGGCAAGAUUGUACUGCAAUCAAGGGAUCAUGGAGUGUCGGCUGUGAACAAGGGAGUUGCGUGGUAUACAACUGCGCUCCUGGCUACACCCGGUCCCCUGAUUUCACUGCUUGCAUUCUAACCUAA